GAAAAUAAUUUAGAGAAAUUAUGUAUCAACCACAAUUUUAGGUUUAAUAAUCACAAUUUGAGAGUCCACCUGUCCUAUAUUCAUAAUCACAACCAAUGAUGAUUUCAAAUUAAAACAACAUGACAUAUUAAAUGGUAAAUUUAGGAGCAGGAGCUAUAAUGUAAAGAUUAAAAUAGAGAUAAGAAGAGGAAAUGUUAGUAGAUUUAUUAGCAAAAUAAAAUGAAUUAAUAGCAUAAUUGACUGAAGAUUUUAAUUGGAGAAUGGAUAAAAGAAAACAAUAAAUGGAACAGGAACUUGAAGAAUUAGAAAAAAAAACAGUAAUAGCAAGAUAAAAAAAAGCUGAAUAGGAUUAUUUAUAUAAACUCAAUAGAUAAUUAAACUUUGGAAUCUAACGAAUAAAAGAGUAAGAAUUAAAGAAACUUGUAUUUCCAAAAGCAAUUUAAUUGGGAAUGAAAGUACCCAGCAUUUAAAAUCAUGAAGCAUUAGAAUAAGUAUAUCCUAACUUAAGAAUGUAAAAGAAAGAGUCCAUAGGUAUCAAUAUAAUAUAUUUUAUAGAUGAGGAAGUUUAGGCUAACAUUGAUCUUGAAUUUAGUAAUCCAUAUAGAUAAUUUGUAAAUCCAAAUUUUCCAUAAUAUACAACUCCUAUGUUACCUUUUUCUCCCCCAUAACCUCCACAAUAAUAUCAACCCCAAUUUAAUCAGUAGUAGUAAAAUAAUAAUUAAGAUGAUGGUACAUCACCUUAAUUUAAGAGAAAUAGCUAAAUUUAAAAAAAAAAGAGUUAAGAAUCAUAAAGAUCUAGUUAAAAGUCAUUAGGUUCGUAAAAUUCAAAAAAAUCUUAAAAAAAUUGA